GUUACAAGUCCUAUUGGACACAUUUCAUACGGCAACAUACGCCAUUGUAAAAAGGGAAGCAUCGCAUUCUUGCCUUUUUGGCAACAAUAACUAGCUUAUUCUUCGGCAGUUGUGCGCACAGUCGCGCAGCAUAUGAAAAGCAUCUUCCAGACAACCAACAUCCCUGCUCAUAUCAGACAUAAACAACACAGCGUGAAAGCAAGACAAUCAGCAGUUGCAGGAACCGAAUAAAGUUCACAAGCAUCUCGAAAAUGCCAUCCCAAUCUCCAAUCCGGUUUCCCAAACCCAUCACUUGCUCACCAUGUACCUCACACACCUGCUCCUCCCCUUCGCCCUCCUCCCCAACAUCUCUGCCCUCAAAAUCGCCACUUCCCUCCAAUGGAUUGAGCACACGCCCCAGGCCUACGCCAUCAAGAACUUCUACAAAGGCUCCUCCCCCGCGACGCUCUCCUCGGGCGGCGUCGCCAACUUGGCCUCCGACUCCAGCAUCGACCUCGCCGCCAACGCCGAAACCCAAGGCCUCAAGCAAUACGCCAAUCACAAGUCGCUCCGCCUCAUCUACAUCAUCACCGAAGUGUCGUACCGCCUCGUCGCGCGGUCCUCUUCCCCGGCCAAUGUAAAAUCCCUUGCCGACCUCAAGGGCAAGAAAAUCGGGUCGAUGCCCGGCACCUCUGCCGCCAUCUUCGUGCAGCGCAUGCUCGCCUCGGCUGGGGUCAACGACGGCGCAUAUAGUAUUGUGAGCGGGAAUGUGUGCAUGAAGGCGCCGUGCGGGAGCGGGACUCUGCCCGCCAUGUUGAAGGGCGGACAGGUCGAUGCGUUUGGCAUCUGGGAGCCGGCGGUGGAGCUGGGCAUCCGGGCCAUUGGGAAGGACAACGCUGUUGUGUUUCAGAACGCCACCACCUACCGCGAAGUCUACAGCCUCUACACGACAACCGACAAGCUGGCCGACCCCAAGAAGCGCGCCGACAUCGUGGCCUUCGUGCGCGCGCUCAACCAGACACUCGAGGUGUACAAUCACCCCAACGCCAGCGUGUACAGCUUCGUCGCCGACAGAGUCGGCAUGGACGCUGAAGUCGUGGAAGCUGUCUGGGCGGACCACAAGUGGAGCGGGACGUGGAAGGACGAGGAGCUGAUGCCGUUGCUGGUCGACGAGGACGCGAUGCUCGCAAAGAGCGACCGGCGCGCGCCCAUGUCGCGGGCGGAGCUGGAGACGUUUUUGGAUACGAGUGUAAUCGAGGCAAUCUAGGGUGCACAUUGCUUGCGUGCUGUGAGGUAGGAGAGCUGGAAAUGAGUGGAAGACAAAUUGAGUAGCUGGCUAAAAGAUAAGCUGUGGUAUCAUUGAACGC